AUGGUGAAACCAGUGCCGGUCACUGAAUUGGUCAAGAACCGCACCCCUUAUUCGCAGCGAGGGUGGUGUGCUGCGGAGAGGGAGUGGUCCAGCACUCGGACAGCCACCAACCUCUCGCGCGAAGUAGACGAUCCGGAAGGCGAGAAGGGGGGAAUCGCCCCGAUGGUGCCGGAGGCAUUUCGAGAGAAUGUAGCACACCAACUUAAAUUCACGCAUUUAGAUGACGUAGAGACCGUCUGCAGAUUGCAAGCGGAAGUGUACAAAGCCAAGGCAGGGAUGUGCAGGAGCCUCAGGCUCGUAGAUCUGGGUGCAGACGCACUCGACAUCGCCCUGUCGGCUCUCAAGCGCUACCCGGUCCUGGAGAGCCUGGAGAUCGUCCACUGUGAGCUGAGCCCCAAGCUCCCGCUGCUGCUGAAGGCCCUGGAGAAGAUCAAGCUUCGGCAGCUCCACCUGCAGCAGAACGAGCUUUUGGAGGAGGGCACCCGCCAGAUCUUUGAGGCCUUGGCUUUGCAGCCCAACGGGACGCUUGCGGCACUCAGCCUCAGCCACGACCGCAUGGGCGUCGCUGGUGUCAAGGCUUUGACCGAGGCAAUCUCGGAAAACCGGACCCUGAAGCAGCUGAGCCUUGCGAAAGCCAACGCUGAAAUCACGGAGGAAGGCACUUUCGCCCUUCUUGAGGCGCUCCGGGUGAGCGGGGUCGAAGCCCAGCUCGAUCUGACGGACAGCGAUUUAGGCAAGGCCGCCGCCUUCGCAUUAGCCAGGGCCCGCCGGGCCGGCCAGGUGCAGGACAACACCAUCACACACCCAGCGGUGGAGUUCCUAUGCGCGUUGGAGGACAAAGGAUUCAAACUGCUCGAGGAAGAGCGAGAACUCACGGUCGCUUUCAAGGGCCUCUGGGACCUUUUUACUUCGACGGCCUUUUGCAUGGCCCUGCCGAAGCUCCCGUCGCUCCGAGUGCUCCGGAUCGUCUACGACUCUUGCGUUGGCGACGCCCGGGAGCUGGCCGCGGGCCUCCAGCAACACAAGGAGCUGGAGGUGCUGUUUUUGUGGCUGGAGGAUUUCUUGUCCCCAGCAGGCGACCAGUACCGAGGCGACGAGGGCGCGAAGGCGUUGGCCUCCGCCCUCCGCGAGCUGACGCAGCUCAAGGAGCUCGGUUUGUGCUUGCCCAACAACAAGAUCGGCCCAGUCGGCGCCAUGGCGGUGUUGGAGAGCUUGCGAGUGCUGCCGCAGCUCGCGGAUCUCACGAUUGCUCUUUCUAACAACGCGGUCGGCGACGAGGGCGCGAAGGCGUUGGCCUCCGCCCUCAACGAGCUGACGGAGAUCAAGGAGCUCAAGUUGGACCUGUCCAAGGGCAACAUCGGCCCAGUCGGCGCCAUGGCGGUGUUGGAGAGCUUGCGAGCGCUGCCGCAGCUCGCGGAUCUCACGAUUGCUCUUUCUGACAACGCGGUCGGCGAGGAGGAGAAGAAGAAGCUCCGGGCCGCUUUCGAUUCACUGCCGAUGGUGGGUGAGAAGGCCUCGGCUUCGGCGCUCCGAUGGCGGGUGGUCAUUCUCGAGCGAUUCCGGUUUCGGGCAGCUCCGGAGCUCGUCCACCUUUUGGGAAGCGGGGUACUGGACGUGAAGGUUCGGAUGUCGGAGUUCAUUCGUUCGGUGGGUGCUGAGCUGAGCACCAGAGCACAGCCUCAAGCCACGGAGGAGCCGCAGCCAGCAACUGCUCCCGCUCGCCAGGUUCGGAAGGAGCUGGAAAGAGUGUCUGCAGAGACAUUCUGGGACAUGGUCGAGUGCCUUCGAGGCAAUGGUAUCACCGAGAAAGAACUUCAGGGCAUUUUGCAAGAAGUUCCCACCGAUAGCGAGGGCCUGCUGAGCUGCCGGAAGCUCCUCCGGCGCCUCCAGAGUCGCGCAAGCGAUCCCGGGCCCGCGGGCCUCCUCAGCCGGGCCUUCGGGCGCUGCUUCCCUGGUCGCCCCAGCGAGCCCGUGGAGGAAAAGGGCCAGGGCACCGAGAAUGCUUGGGCGCACGAAGUCUGCGAGGGCCUUCGAGGUGCUGGCAACGGCGUCGGCGAGCAAACGCUUCAGUCGGGAUCGAGCAAUGCAGAGGUGCCGUCUUGGAGCGUGUCUGUCAGCUUCCGAGACGAGCAGAGGUCUCUUUGGACAUGGACGACAGCUUCUGAUUCUGCAAGCCGAUGGACGUUACGAAGCGACCCAUGCGAGGGCCAGGGGAGCUCCCAGGAUCUCCAGGGCUGCCUCCUGGAUCGGGUGCAUCAGGAGGGCCACAUCGAGGAUUGCGAGAAGCCGAUGGAGAGCGGCAAGCUCCAGGGCCUGGACGCAAGGCGUGGCUCAUGCGACCACUCAGAUCCGCGCACCUCGAAAUCAGCGCAGGUGAAGGAGUAUGACCUAGCCGACAAGAACGGGCUGGCAGACUUCCUCGUAAACGCGAACAUCCAGCUGGCGCCGCAGGGUGGCCCGGGCAUGCGGAGGAUCUCCAAGGAUGCUCUUCACGUCAUCGUCAGGAACCUUAAAGGCGACCGUUUCACUGUGGACAUGCUAGAGGGCAUCUUGCAAGAGGUCGUCCCCGAUCGUCAGGGGCUGCUGAACUGCGAGGACUUGGCACACUGCCUCCGCCGCCCGAAUCCAGCUCCAGAGCCCCAAGAGCCCAAGCGCUACGACCUGGCUCAGAAGCAGGGGCUGGCAGACUUCCUGAAGGAUGCUGACAUCCGGCUGGUGCGAGCCGACUUCAUCCUGAAGCUCCACCGGGAAGGACAGCGGCUCCCGCGCCGCCAGGAAGCAGAGUCCGCCUACGUGGAAAGCCGCACCGCGCUUGUGACGCACGAGGAGGUCCAAGCCUGGGCCGAUGGUGAGGCGCCAGAAGGCACCCAGAUAGUAUCUAAACUAGCCCAGACCCUUGCGGGAAAUGAGUGGUUUUUCAUCGAUUAUGUGUCUUUGUAUCAGUUCCAGCGAUUUUCCCGGGAACAGAACGUUAGCUUCGGGCGUGCGAUGCAGCACAUGCAUGUGCUUUACUGCCACGAUAAGACGAGCACCCUCCGAAUCGAGUCUCUGACGCCGGAAGCAGACGUAAUAGAAGCAGAGCGAAGGCAAGACUGCGUGAUGAUGUAUCACCACCCCAGCGGCUUGGUGAAACCAGUGCCGGUCACUGAAUUGGUUAAGAACCGCACCCCUUACACGCAGCGCGGUUGGUGUGCUGCGGAGAGGGAGUGGUCGAGUACUCGCACAUCCACCAACCUUUCGCGUGAAGUAGAUGCGCCCGAAGGCGAGAAAGGGGGCCUCGCCCCAAUGGUGCCGGAGAUAUUUCGAUUGAGUGUAGCACACCAGCUCAAAUUCACGCAUUUCGAUGACGUAGAGACCGUCUGCAGAUUGCAAGCGGAAGUGUACAAAGAGAAGGCCGAGACGUGCAAGAGCUUACGGCUCGUAGAUUUGGGCGCGGAAGCACUCGGCAGAGCCCUGUCGGGUCUCGAGCGCUACCCAAUCCUGGAGCACCUCGGCACGCAAAGAACUGCCUUUUUGGUCGUGACGGAGAGGCAGCUUGUGCAGCUCCACUUGCAGCAGAGCAACCUCUCGGAGGAGGGUGCCUUCCAGCUCGCGCAGGCUUUGCAGACCAACACGACACUUGCGGCACUGAGCCUCGCCCGUGACCGCAUCGGCGUCGCUGGUGUCAAGGCUUUGGCUGAGGCUCUGCGCACGAACAGCGUUCUGACCGACCUGAACCUGAGCCACGUCUGUCUGGGCAGCGAUGCUGUCAGCACUCUCGCAGAGGCACUCGAGCAUAACCAGACUCUGAAGCAGCUGAGCCUUGCGGGCAUUGAAAACGCGGAGGAGGGCGCUUUCGUCCUUCUUCAGGCAGGCCUGCUGUUGCGAAUGUACAAAGUGCAGCACGCUCACUACGCACCGUCACCCAAAAUUUCACCCACCCCAAGGAAUCCAUCUUUCAGCAGCACUCCCGAACCUCCCUUUCGAACGAAUCUCCUUUGCCUGAUUUCCACACGUUUUCGCCCCUUCAUUCGCGUGGCAGCCGGAUGGAUAAUCUCGGAAGCAUUGCCGUGCAGGCGCUCAAGAAGAGCGGUUCAGCAACCCAGCUUGAUCUGGGCGACGACGAUCUGGGCAAGGGGGCAAUGGCAAUGGCCAGGUACCUGCGUGUCGGAGAGGCAGGCUCUUUCGUGGCUUCUGCUGUGA